CUCCCCGGAGCUCCUGAAGAGUCACUUGUGAGUCACUCUGAGUGUGAGUAGCUAGUGGAAAUAGACCUCUGGACCCAGCUGUGGGUCACCCUGCUCUGUAGAGUUUGCCUGUUCACGUGGGGCUGCCCUUCCACAACUCUCAGCCCGUGUUGCGUACCUGCUGUGUCUAUGUCUUUGCGCCUCACCUGGACUCCUUAGUGGCUGCACCUACCAGGGACUAUCGCCUGACCACACCCCGUCGGGGCUGCCCCCGGACUGAAGAUGGGAAGGAUAAAGAGGAGUCCAGCUGUGGAACACUGGCCAUCCAGCCCGCUCUGAGACCCAUGCUUCUUAUAGCCUCUCAUCUGUGAGAGUUUGCACAGGGAGCACGGCUCUAAGAGAGGAUUGUCUAGACCCUCUGUGCAGAAGCCCGAGAUCACCUGGGUUCAGUCCAGGCUAGACUCACUGCUUUCAUUCUGAGGGAACCUGAGGAUCAGCGUUAAGGACCUGGGGGCCCUCGCCUGGGACAUUUGUUGGGGGUGAUGGAAUCACUGACAGAGUCUGGGGUCCUCUGGAGCCUCCUGCUGGAACGGGAUAGCCAGUCUCUGCUGUGGUACUUGAAGACACUUGCUGAAGCACCUGUUGGUGCAGAAUGCUACUGCUGGCAUGGAUCUGAGAAAAUCCCAGCCGUAUUAAGCCCCACUUACAAGCAGAGAAAUGAAGACUUCAGAAAGCUCUUUAAGCAACUUCCAGACACGGAGCGCCUCAUUGUUGAUUACUCUUGUGCACUCCAAAGAGACAUUCUUCUUCAGGGCCGACUCUACCUCUCAGAAAACUGGAUCUGCUUCUACAGCAACAUCUUCCGAUGGGAAACUUUGCUAACAGUCCGUUUGAAAGAUAUUUGCUCCAUGACUAAAGAGAAAACAGCUCGCCUCAUUCCCAAUGCCAUCCAAGUCUGUACUGAUUCAGAAAAGCACUUUUUUACUUCAUUUGGGGCCCGGGAUAGGACAUACAUGAUGAUGUUCCGGCUCUGGCAGAAUGCUCUCCUUGAAAAGCCCUUAUGCCCCAAGGAGCUCUGGCACUUCGUCCACCAGUGCUACGGGAACGAGCUGGGUCUCACCAGUGAUGAUGAGGACUACGUGCCUCCAGACGAUGACUUCAACACCAUGGGCUACUGUGAAGAGAUUCCUGUAGAAGAGAAUGAAGUGAAUGACAGCUCAUCCAAAAGCAGCAUAGAAACCAAGCCUGAUGCCAGCCCGCAGCUGCCCAAGAAGUCCAUCACCAACAGCACGCUGACCUCUACCGGAAGCAGUGAAGCCCCUGUCUCGUUUGAUGGCUUGCCGCUGGAGGAAGAGGUGAUGGAGGGUGAUGGGUCCCUGGAGAAGGAGCUUGCCAUCGACAACAUCAUAGGAGAGAAGAUCGAGAUCAUUGCACCUGUGACCUCCCCUUCGCUGGACUUCAACGACAAUGAGGAUAUCCCGACCGAGCUCAGUGAUUCUUCAGACACCCAUGAUGAAGGGGAGGUCCAGGCCUUCUAUGAGGACCUGAGUGGAAGGCAGUAUGUGAACGAGGUCUUCAACUUCAGCGUGGACAAACUCUACGACCUGCUCUUCACCACCUCACCCUUCCUCCGGGACUUCAUGGAGCAGCGGCGCUUCUCUGAUAUCAUCUUCCAUCCAUGGAAAAAGGAGGAGAAUGGAAACCAGAGCCGCGUGAUCCUCUACACGAUCACCCUCACUAACCCCCUGGCUCCCAAAACCGCCACUGUCAGGGAGACACAGACCAUGUACAAAGCGAGUCAGGAGAGUGAAUGCUACGUGAUAGACGCUGAAGUCCUUACCCAUGACGUGCCAUACCACGAUUACUUCUACACCAUCAACCGCUACACCCUCACCCGCGUGGCCCGGAACAAGAGUCGACUCAGGGUUUCCACAGAGCUCCGCUACCGAAAACAGCCCUGGGGCUUUGUAAAAACUUUCAUUGAGAAGAACUUCUGGAGCGGAUUGGAGGACUACUUCCGCCAUCUAGAGUCUGAGCUAACCAAAACAGAGAGUACCUACCUGGCCGAGAUGCACAGACAGUCACCCAAGGAAAAGGCCAGUAAGUCUUCAGCAGUACGGAGGAGGAAGCGCCCCCAUGCCCACCUGCGGGUACCUCACCUGGAAGAGGUGAUGAGCCCUGUCACCACACCCACUGAUGAAGAUGUGGGCCACAGGAUCAAGCACGUGGCAGGUUCCACGCAGACGCGGCAUAUCCCCGAGGACACUCCCAAUGGUUUUCACCUACAAAGUGUGUCCAAGCUGCUGCUGGUUAUCAGCUGUGUUCUGGUGCUGCUGGUCAUCCUUAACAUGAUGCUCUUUUACAAGCUGUGGAUGCUGGAAUACACCACACAGACCCUCACUGCCUGGCAGGGUCUCAGGCUCCAGGAAAGGUUACCCCAGUCACAGACAGAAUGGGCCCAGCUAUUAGAAUCCCAACAAAAGUACCAUGAUACCGAGCUCCAGAAGUGGAGGGAGAUCAUCAAAUCCUCAGUGAUGCUCCUGGACCAGAUGAAGGACUCACUCAUCAACCUUCAGAAUGGCAUCAGGUCCCGAGACUACACGUCUGAAAGCGACGAGAAGAGGAACCGCUAUCAUUGACAAGGCAGGACCAGGGGUGGCUGCAAGAGGCCUGUGCAAUACAUGUACAUAGACCCUAUAAAUAUAUAUAUAAAUAUAUAUAUAUAUAUACAGAAUAUAAAUAUAUAUUAUAUACAGAUUUUAAAAAAUGAGAUAAUGCCUAUGUACCAGGGAGAAGGAGCGGGAACUCCCGCCCCCUGUGCCGGCCAGAGCAGCGUUUUCCCUCCACCGUGGAGGGACCGAGGAGGGCAGGGACCACCUCUCAGCACCAACCUCCCCUGACCCUCCUCUUCCCAUCUUCUGUUCCUCACCUCUUCCCUUGCUGGCCAUUCUUGGCCCUUAGAAGGGAAAUGUGGCUGAGCCAAAGUUAAUGCCUGUGAAGACCCAUGGGUCUUCAAAGACGUUCCAAGAGGGCAUUGCUUACGGUGCUUCAUUCCCUAACCGUCUUUUGAUUUGUCUCUAGAGUAAAAGAGAAACUGUUCUUCCCCCCACCCAGUGCUUCCCCAGGCCUUCUCUUGGGAACAGGAAGAAUGGAGAGGGCAGGAGCCCCAUCCAAAGUCCCCCAGGAGACCAUUGGUUAGGACCACAUUGAAAGCCAGGUGGCGAGGACUGUGAAGAGGCUGAAUUUGUGGGCCUGGGCUGUGGGGCUGCAGGCUCCUCAGCUCUGGCAUCUGAAGGGAAUUCUCCUCAGCCACCCCCACACCUUCUUCUGACCUGAGUAGGUUGUGGAACCCACAAGGGCUGGGACUUUCUAACUCUCCCACUCCCUUUCUCUCUGCUCUUCUCCCAGGCUGGCUCUGGAGAAGUGUCACUUUUUAGUGCCUAAAGUCCUAUUGUUUCUCUGUGCCCUAAGAGCACAUUGUUUCUUAGCCAGGGUGGAGCCUUUUUGACCUUGUUUAAAAAAAAAAAAACAAAACAAAAAACAAAAACCUCUUUUAGUGGUUAUGAACCAGUCAGGUCUGUGGCUCUAAUUCUUUCCCUUUGAGCUGUGAGUUUGAUGUCCAGGGUAAGUCAGGGUGUCCUAGUCCCUCCAGGCUUUAGGAGACAGAGAACAUUCUAGAAACAUGGAUUACAUGGCUUGCCCAGAAUCUCAUAUGUGUAGUUUGCACAGUAGCCAAGCCACUCAGAGGGCUAAAUAGCAUCCUUAACUCUUGGUAGAGAACCAGUGUUAGCAAUAAAGGCAGUUGUUUCGGGAAAAUGUGUGAGCCACCAGAGGGAGGAUUUGGCACAGAUGCGUAUGUUUGGUUAGGGAGAGGCCAAGUGAAACCUGGCCUCCACAGAGGCCACCUCAGUUCUGUUUCUCAGGUUUAGGAGUGGGGGCUCUAAUGGGUAUGUGUGUGCAAAUCUCUUUAUAAUCUCUGGCCCCAAUGAGCUAUAAAGUCACCAGGAAAUAAAAGGAAGAUGCUACGUUAGGAACUUGAGCCAGUCAGGGCCUGGCUUUCUUAAUGUUAGCCCAUCAGGACUCAGGCUUUUACAUGAUCUCAAGGGGCCCUUCUGGGCAGAUUCAUCAUCCUCCCUUUGAGUAUCUCCUGCUCUUCCAUCAGAUGACUUAAGGACUCCUGCCAGCCCCAGGCAGAGCUCAUGUUGGUCCAUAGUAGUAAAGAACUGCUUCCAGGUUGGCAUGGAAGCUUCUCUGAGCUGGCCACUUCUCAAGUCCAGAGGAAGACAGAACCACAGAUUUCCCAGAGCAUCAGUACAAAGGGAACAAGAUGGUGCUGGUUAUCUAUGCCAGGAGAAAGUUACCUUCUCCUCUUAGCAUUGUCAGAACAUUCCAUUUGGGCAGUGAAAGAAAGAAAGGCAUUGAUAUUGCAGUGUCCUGGAGAAUUGGGCCUUGGUGUUUCUUGAAGGGCAGAAUCAGAAAAUAGGAUGUAACCCUGGAUCAUCCUCUGAUGACGGGAGAAGGAGGCCCAGUGCCUAGCUAGCAUCACUAGCGCUCUUCCGGGAAAGCAGGGGUGAAGAAAUGCAUUCAUUGUUCCUCUAGAGUGGAAAAAGACCAGUUGGUUGUCACUUGGUUGUUCAGGGUUUUGAGGGCUUUGCUGGUGAUGAUCUAGACCCAUGAGCCCUGAGACAAAGAAGGGAGAAUGGUCCCAUUUGAAAUGCUAGGCAGUUUCCUCUUGGAAUAGCCAGAAGCUAAAAGUAUUCCCAGAAACUUUUUGAAAACCAAAUUGGAAACUCCAAAUUUAUUGCGUUUGUAGUUAUUUACUUAAGUUGAAUUGUUAAAGUAGCCGUGGAUCCUUUCAGAUGAAUUCAAAGGUAUUCACUUGGGGGUCGGUGAGAGGCCAAGUAAAGUAACAGAAGGAGCCCUGACCACAGAGAGCUGCUUUUCUUUGGCCGGCAGGAUCAUUUAGAGGAGGAAAAGCCCUGAUUUGUCCUAGAGAGCCUUCUGUUUUCUGAUGAACCCAGAUUUUAUAUAUCAUAUGAGGAAUAUAUAUCAUAUGAGGAAUAGCCCCCAGGAUCCCAGCUUUCCUGUGAGUUGCUUUUGUCUUAGCAUUAGCUUGGGCUUUUAAACCAGGAAGAAACCAACAACUCAGUUUGUUCCCAAACACAACCCCCUCCCCACCCUUAGUCAAUACUUUGUGAGAGAGAAGGGAACUCACCCUUUUGCAACCAAAGCAAGUGCCCUGGACGAUAGCCCAGCAAAUAGCUAGCUGUCUGCAGGAGGUCAUGGAAGCUGGCAUGCAUUGCGUGCCUUCUUCCAGCUGGCAGGUUUUCUCUGUUUGUCCGUUGUAGAUAUAUAUUGAUCUUUCUGUAUGGAUUUGUGCUUUCGCUGGACCAAGAAUGGCGAGAUCUGGGCUUGAGUCUUGACUGUGCUGUUGGAAAGUUGUGCGACCUUGGUUAAG